AUGGCAUUGAUUGUGUUUGAAGACUUUACUCUCCAGCUUUUAUGCGAGUCACCAACAGCCUUGGGGAUGCCUACGAAUGCAACACGCAGUGCUGGAACUGGGGGGUUCAAACGCCUCACGGCUAAUGUAUUCCAUAAAACACCCAAAUCAACGCCAAAGAAACCAACUUUAGGGAUGAAUCUAUUCACUGGUCACUAUUGUACCCGAGCCGCCCUUGGAUUGGCAUACAAUGAAUCUGCGAUUAUCAUUGCAUUCCAAGCCUCGCUCUCCCCUACACCUCGCCUUCCAGCCUCGGAGGCUCAAGGUGGUACACUUCCGAUCGGCAGCACCAGCUUCCUUUCUCAUUCCUCGGACCAUGAUUGGGAGCUGACAGGUCCUGAAUCCUGUAUUCGUCUCUGUGAAGUCAAGAUAACCUUCACAAACGAGCUGGGCUGGGAUCUACGCACCGAACCUUUGUCUUCCAUUCCAAUCACCAGCUCGGGCCAACUUUCUCACCUGCACUUUAUCCCUCGACAGGUGGAUGAGGCGCGCAAUGAGAUGGUCGUUGACGGAACUGAAGUCGACCGUUACUUGCUCGUAGGGACAGUAGAUUUUGGGUCUUAUAGUGGCUUGCCAGAGACGGUCCUCUCGACUUUUGCCCUGUCAAAGAAGAAUGAUCCUUCUGGAAGAACUGAGUGGACCUCGACGCGCGAAUCCACACGAAAGUUCAACGAACACGCCAUAUUGGCUAUCGUGAACGCCUAUCCUUCUCCUUCGCCCGAUUCAAAGAUUGUCGUUGCUGCCCCAUCUGGAGCUUCGCUUGCGGAGAAGCAACCACCUCAUACUGUGAGGGUACUCAAAAUACCAUCUCUUGUGGACGAUGAAAUGCACCAAGUCCUAGAUCUCCUAGGCCCUGAUGCACCAUCUCAUAUUGCCAUUUCUCCUCAAGGAACGCAUUUAGCCCUGCAACCGAUGAACAACUUUUCGAGCCUCGGAUAUCACUCUUAUCCAAAUCUAGCUAGUCAACCGAAAGACGCUUCUGGAUCUGACACGAUAUCGGAGCAGCUUCGAGAUGGCAUUUACCAUGGUGUAAGAUCUUCUCGGGAUAUUGGUGACAUCAUGCGACUUGCAUCCAAAAUGGAUAGAGUGGCAAUGCUUCAACUCGUCGACUCUAUCUGGUCGCAGUUCGACCAGGAAAAUGGUGGUGGUGGCGCCCCACGUUGGUCGGCCGAAUAUCUCAAGGCUUUGCUGAUCCUGGACCAUUUAAAAGCUUCGGAGAGCGACGUUGGAAGGCAGGCAGCCCAGCAACGAACUAAAACGACUCUUGAUCUUCUGAGCGUUCCGGUAGCGCGGAGUGCCCUUACCGAAUGCUUUGGCAAAGAUUGUGAAGGUUCUUACGAGACUGGUGCCGUAUGGCCGCUCUCAGAGAUCUGUGGGUGGAUCGUCGAGUUUACGGAGUCUGUUCUUUUGGCGGCCGGAGACUAUCAUAACAUGGCAAAGAGCGACGUGACGUCUGCCUCUCAAGAAAUCCAUCCGGUCAUCCUCAUAUUUCUGCACCCGACAUUCCUCGCUUCAUGGACCGACGCUAUCAGCCGUACGCUAGACUUUGUGAAUCACGUUGGGGUCCCAAAAGGCACCAGUACCGAUAGCAAGGUUCUGGUUACCACUAAUGUGCAAGAUAUGCUUGGCCGGUCACCUGUCAACUUUUCUCUGCUCCUGGAGAAACUCAAGUCUCUCGAAGAAACGUCCAUCAGUCCUUCCGAGUGGAGACGCUCAUAUGCGUCCCACACGCUGCCGGGACCCCUCGCUCAGAGGCUGGAAGAUAUUCUCUCUCGCGUAAUCACAGCAGAGGUCGUCUCACUCUUACCCCUACAUCUGCAGCUAGGCGGACUGAGUCUCGUCUCUGAAGGUGGAAUGCGACAAGAAAGGGAUAUUAUCACGAAAAGACGACUUACUGAAGGGAACUGGCCUUCGCCUCUUAGCAAAUUAUGCCAGCAUUGUGGAGGAAAGACAUUGAUCGACUUGAUGACACCAGCGGCUCCUGGUACUCGCUGGCAUAGUUGGGAACUCUCAUUUCAGAGGUGCAUCUGCGGCGGUGAAUGGAAAUCACUAUGA